GUGAGUGAGAAGCAAGCUUGACACCAUUUGGCCUGCCCGCUUAAGCUCCGUGUUCUCCCACUAUCGGCAGCGCGAGGGGCCUUUGAGGCAGUACUCCUAAUAUAGCCGCACCGCUGAGCGAAAGAGACGAGGCCCGCAGCACGGCUGUGUGUCAAAGAGCUCUCUCAAAGAUAGGGCCAGAGCAUUUGGCUCGCGUUCAAAACUGGGCCGCCGUCCGACGCCGACGAGCCUCGAUGAUCACCUAGCACCUACAGAAAUGCCCGCCUGGACAUAGUACAUAGACAUAAUGCCAAAUCAGCUCACGCGCGCGCGGCGCCGCAGCCAGAGCCUCGCCGAGCCGCCUACCAGCCCAUUCAUGAAGCGGGAGCACCGCGGCGCCCAGUCGCGCGACCCCGACGCCUGGCGCACGCGUCUUUGUGGAGAGUUCGAGCAGUACGGGAAUUGUUCGCGCGGCGACGCUUGCACAUAUGCGCACGGCGAAAACGAAUUAAGACAUAGGGGCAGCGAGCUCUGGCCCAUGGCCGCGCCGCAAGUCUCGCCUGAUAGUUUGGCCUGGCCGCCGCCUCCGGAGCAGCCGAGGACGCCGGAGCGGACCGUGAGCCCCUCGUGGGAGCACGUCCCUUUGACGCACCGGGCGACGAGCGCGCCCAUGCCCAUGCCGCGCAUCAAUUCGGGGGAGUUAUGUGUCGCCCUCGAGCGAGUGGCGCACAUCGCGGUGGAGGACAACGAGCUCGGGGCUUUAUCACCUCUGGCGCCGGCCUUCGCGCCGUCGUCGGCGUCGUCGUCACCGGUCUCGCCGCGCUUCGCGUCGCCGCAGCACACGCCGGAGCGGCCUUUACGCGUGACGCCGCACGGCACGCCGACGGGCCGCGAGCCGCCCGUGCUCUCGCCGCUCCAAGCGCCGGCCGACUCGUUUGACAACCAGCGGCCGGAUGGGAGGUUAGGAGGCACGGUGGUCCACUUAUCGCGGCGGCCGGGCGCGCAGGGCUGGUACGGCUUCGUGCGGCCGGACCAGCCUUUGUUGAGAGACCGGGGCCACCAGCGCGGCGACCUGUUCCUGCACCCGUCGGACGCGGAGCUCGGCUGGCGGCCGGCCGUGGGCGACCGCGUGUCCUUCCUGCUCGGCGUGCACAACGGCCGGUUGAAAGCGGUCAAGGUCUGCAAGGACGGGUCCUCGUCCGAUUCCGAGAGCGAGGACGGGUCCUGGCCGGCGCCGUACGCGGACUACGUCAACGAGCGGCACCGGGCCUUCUCCAUGUGAUCGCGCUCCACCCAAGUCUAUGGGCGCGGCCCCGCCCCCCCCUUAUCCCUGUCACGUUAGUAAGAGCAAGCAGUCGA